AAAAAUAUUUUCUUUAUUAAAAAAAACAUCUACAAAAUGAAUAAAUAUUAUCCUUUUGUUUAUUGGGCUCAAGAUGUUAAUAAUAUUUUUUUGAGAGUGGAAAUUAAAAGUCUUGUGAAUUAUCAAUUGACUGUUGCAAAUGGGGGAAGACUUUUAAUAUUUCAAGGGAUGGGUAUUCCUUUAGUUGCUCCAGGUGAUAUGGCUGAUUUGUCUCAAUUUGAGUUUCAACUUUUUUUGGCUUCUGCUGUUGUGGAAAGUUUUGAAUGCAAAGAAAUUGAAAAAGGUUUAAAUAUUACAUUAAAAAAACAAAAUGCUGGAUUUUGGAAGAAUGGACUGGUAAAUCCAGACCACAAAUUGGAGACAAAGCUUUGGUUAAAAUUUGAUUUUGAUAAAUGGAAAGAUGAUCCAGAAGAUGUUGACAAUGAAGAUGUUGAUUUUGAGGAGGGAGAUGGUUUGAGAAUGAGAAAGGUUUUUUUAGUAAUUUUAAAUGUGUAUAGGCAAAGUUUCGAUAUAAGAUACCUUUUGGGGGUGGAAAAAUUUUGUGUCUUGUAA